AUGCUGCAGCUCUCGACAUACUCGACGAGCUCCUCGCUGAUGAUCCCUACAAUGUUCAAGCACUGUCGCUACGAGUUGACGCCUUCGAGUCACUUGGGGAUUCUGAGCGUGCAUUGGAAGACACUCGCCUCUUGGUCUCCCUGCAGCAAGCAGAAGUCGGUUUCUCGCGCUCAACAUAGCUCUGAGCUGAUGAACGAAACCAAGUACGACUUUCACAAUCCGCCGUCAGAGGAGCCCGUCGAGGUUGAACGACACAUCGCCCUCACUGAACACGACGAGGACGGCGAGGCGAACAUCGCAGCAAUGUUGGCUGAGCGAGUGCAUCACACUAUCGCACCAGCGCCACCGUCUGACAGCACCCUAGACUCUGAAGCCGAAUGGAAGCCGACUGGACCUGAUCUGCUCGCCCUACUGCCAGCCGAGUGUCUCUCAAUGAUUCUACGCCUGGCGAUAGACGAAGCCAUGUCAAUCAAGGAAAGCAACCGCCGUAUGGGAUCCCUUCUCCUUACCUGCCGGCGCUUUCACGACAUCCUCAUGGCAGACACGACUUUCUGGCAGGCACUCAGCUUCGAAGGACUUGACAGACGAGCCAGACAACGCAAAACAGCCUCAUGGCAGACUCACCUUCGCCAUAAAACUCUGCUCCAUCUCGACCUAGGCACCCUGCUCGACGCCAAUAGCCCGCUGCGAGGCCACAGCCUCUGUACUUUUGCCGGCAAUGCUCUCGCCUCACUCACGUGCGGAGACGUCAAACGGACGAGAGAUCUAAUAUCACACGUAGCACCAACCCUGCUCAGGCUCGAGCUUGAGGUUGGCCGCAUCAGACAUUCGCUCGUCGAGUUUCUCAGCUACUUCCCUAAUGCUAGAAGAGUGAUUCUCAAACACAGCUAUAGCCUGGAUGCGCAUGCACUCAAGCUGCCUGUUCACAAAGCUGUCAGAUCAGAUAUCCAUCCCAUCAGAGAGUUAAGCAUCACCAACGUCACGCUCGAAAGCGCUUUUGCCGGCGAAGACCUCCCUGUGAACGCUGUGUACUUCCAAUCGCUCAGGCGUCUGCACCUCAGACUGAUCAGAGUAGAUCCACUUGCGACUCUGCCCGACUGGCUUCCCCGCGGCGACGCAGGCAUCUUCCAGAACCUGCUCGAGUUGGACAUCGAUUCAGAGCGGGAGGGAGAAACGGUACGCUACGAUCUAGACCUGGCACACCUCGCAAAUUUGGAGGUCGCUCGAGUCGGUAGACAUACGGUGACCAGUCUGCCUGCCACACUCAAGGUGUUCUCGCACCGUCCUGUCAAGAAGCGCAAGCCGCCUCUCGAUUUGCUGGUACAAUGUCUAAACCUUGAAGAGAUCGACCUGCCCACCGGUAAUCUAUCGGGUAGUGAUCUCGCUCAGCUCCUAGCUAGCGGCAAGAUACAGCUUAAAUGUCUGACGAUCGGUCCCAGCACGACUUUUGACGACCACGGAAUCGAAGCACUAGCAAAAAGCUGCAAACGGCUAUCACGCCUUGUCGUCUCGGGAUGCCGCAAGCUGACCCAUCAACCUCUCAUCAGCUUAGUUCAGGCCUGUAGAGACAAGUCUGGCAAAGCCUCUCUUGACCUUUGCCUCGACAAUUGCUCGAAACUCGAUCCCGAGGCUGUCAGAUGGCUCAAAACAUCCGUGACAGGCCGUUUCAGCCAUACGAUAGAUCAAAAACAACGUCGCAGAGUACCGUUGCAGCCGAGCCCGUGA